UAAAGGGCAAUUAAUUGAAUUCUCGUUUGUUUAGUUGUUGGCGGAGAGGAGAGCCAUGAAAGGACGCAUCUUCAGAAGCCAGUUAAACUGCAGCCGUCUUGGGAAGGGAACGAUUUAUCGGAGGCCGAGCUCAAUUUCAACAAUCUCACAAUGGAUAACGCCAGCCUACAGAUCCACACCCCACGAGACAAAUACUCCUUCGUCUAUAUCAUAUUUUUGAUACAUGGUAUCGCCACUUUGUUGCCUUGGAAUAUGUUCAUCAAUGCCAUUUCGUAUUUUAUUGUGUACAAACUGGGCAAGGACUCUAUUGGCUUCAACUUCCCCUAUGUAGCGAAUUUUAUGCAAAUUUUGACGUUUUGUUCACAAGUUCCUAAUGUUAUUUUUAACUGGUUCAACAUUUUCGUGCCUAUCAAAGGUGAUUUGACUCUCAGAAUCAUGUGGAGCAUAGUAAUAAACAUCAUGAUCUUUAUAAUAACCAUAGCCUUGGCUAUGGUCGAUACCAGCAUGUGGCCUUAUUCGUUCUUCUUUAUCACUAUGAUUACUGUGGUUUUUUUAAACAGUAAGUAUUAGGUAUUAGCUGAUAAUUGAGG